GUGUGAAAGAGUGCUGUAUGUAAAAGGAGCUGAACAUGCUUUAAGGGUAUCGGUCACACACACACACACACACACACAGACGCACACACUGUGAGUUUUUCUGAGAAAGAAAAGGAAAAAAAUAUUAAUCCUACUUUAAUAGUUACUCUUUAUAAACUACAAAUCAUGAGAGCAUACUUCUCCACCAGUUGGAUAUUUCGAGGCUGGAUAUACUGCCUGAUCUUUGCCUUAUGCAUCCAGAGAAAACAUGCCAAACCAAUUUGCAACGAUUUGCAGUACCUGCAAGGAAAUAAAUGCUGUAGCAAGUGCAAACCAGGAACGUAUCUGUCUGCAACAUGCACCGAGAAUGAGGACACUAAGUGUCGUCCAUGUGGGAAGAACGAGUACCAGUCAAAAUAUACCACUGAGAAGAGGUGCUAUCCGCAGAAGUUCUGUGACGAGGGGAAAGGAUUUUACCGGCCGAACCCGAGCAGCACCACUGAGCUCGAGCCGUGUCAGUGUAAAGAGGGCUUCCAGUGUACCACCAGCUAUUGCGAGUUUUGUGAUAGAAUCAAACCCUGUCCUCCAGGCCAAGGACUCGCAGGAGAGACUGGAAAACAGGCAUGUAAGGACUGCGACUACGGCUUUUUCUCGGAUUCCAACUCGGUCGAGGCGUGCAAGAAAUGGACAGACUGUAAAGCCAUUGGCAAGUCCGAGGAAAAGCCAGGCAGUCAUGUAGCGGAUGUGGUGUGUGGACCACCCUUUGAGCCUCCACCAUCGUGGGCUGUUGUGGCGAUACCCUGUGCUAUAAUCGUCAUGUGUGCUGUGAUUCUUUCUUGCUACAAGGAUAAACUGAACAUCCUCUCAGUCAAUCUACGAACUUGUGUUCAGAACAUUAAACAGAGCAGAAUCCAACAAGAGACACUAACACCACCGUACAAUAGCAACCGCCCCCUGUAUGAGAUCACAUCUCAGGUGGAUGAAGGCACUCCAGAAUACCUGAGCAUGUGCUCCAAAUCUGUUCGUGAUUCCCCUGGGCUAGACAAGGCUCAAGGAAACAAGAAGACCCCAUACUCCUCCAAGCUGGAAAAGGACCGGGCUGAUGGAUCAUCAGGCAGCUCUGCUGAGGGAUCUGAGAGUCCAUGUACCCCACAUCCUGGCAGCUCCUGCAGCUGCUUGAUCAUGAAGGAGCCGGUGGAGGUGGGCGAGAACGAGGACUGCAGUGAGCUGGUGGCGACCGGCCUGGCUGGAUGCUGCUCCUGUGCUCAGGUGGACAACGUGGUCCCCGAACCAAGGAAGGAUGACAACGGCAGCCUGAAAGAGCCUCCUCUAUGUGGGAACUUUUACACUGAGAACGUUCCUGGAUGCCUUCAGGGCUCCCAGGAGCUCUACCUGGACUAUAGCAGUGGAGCUGGCAAGGAGGUCAUGUCAGUGGUCAGGGAUUUACACAGCGACACGAGCGCUUAUGAGAGAAAUGAGCCGCAAUGCUGCAGCAUCGAAUCCACCGCCGUACUUUCGUCGCUUAGCACAAGCAACAACCAGGGGCUGUCGCUCAUCUCCAGCGCAGAUAACAACCAGCCCAAAGCUGAUGCGGAUUUGGAAAUCCAGAGCCAGAGCUUGGAGACUGCUCUUACAUGUGCUCAGGUGACGGGAAACAACAACACCACAUUCAUCUCGACCGGCCAGGUGAUGAACUUCACUGGUGAUGUUAUCAUGGUAUACGUCAGCCAGACGUCGCUGGGCAGCAGCGGAGAUGAAGAGCCCUACGCCAGCCCAGUUCAGGAGCAAUCGGCUGAAUGUGCCAAUCAGAAUCUGCCCAAAUCCUACCAACGCACAGAUGGGCAUGAGAGACAUAUACCAGUGCAGGAAAUGACUAACCAGCGCCUUCAACGUAACCAAAACCUCUCUGUCUGAACUGGAGCUUGAUUUGCCUGUUGGUUUUCUUUCCGAGCAUCCAGAGUGCUGUUUCAUAAACAAAAAAAAUGCUGUGCAUUUGUUAAAUAUGAUAUUGUAUAUAGUUUGUUUUUGUGUUGUUUUUUUCAAUCAGGAUCUAUAUGCUAUAAUGCCAGUGAUAUACAAUGGUAUGAGAUGAUUUGUCUGUUAAUUCUGCAUUGGCUCAGUGUGUAAUUUGCAAAAUAAUAAUAAUAAUAAUAAUAAUAAUAAUAAUAAUAAUUUUAUGUUGUUGGGCCAGAUUAACAAUUCAAAUAAAUGAGACAAGGGAUCCAAAGUAUUGAAUGACGCCGGCCAAAAAAAUCAUUAUAAGUCCAGAGAAAGCAGGACAUUCAGUAAGGGGAAACAAAUGUGUGCCUGUCUCCUCUUCCUCUUCGUUCUUAGUAUUUAAAGGCAAGCUAGUGCACAACAUCUCCUUGAGAGAUCCUUUUAUGGACCAAAAUGAACGGCUCUGUAAAUGUGGAGAACAAUGCCGGACUGUUUGCUUUUUGCAGUGUUUCUUUAAGAUGUUUUUAUAUUAUCUACUAUUUGAUCAGGGAAUUUAUGCUUCUUCUUUUUUUUUAAGAUAUUAUGACUUUAUUCAUUUGAUGUUUAUGGCGGCAUUUUAGCCACCAACCUGACCAUUCAGUUUCACUGAAAUAAAAAGGAAUGUAGCCAUGAACAUCAAUA